ACUUUUAGAGAGAGAAAGCGAUGCUCCUGCUACUCUCUCUCUCCUCACCUUCUUCAUUUUCUUCCACCUAAUUCACUCCUAAUACGAUACCUCCUAAUUCAAUUUUUCAAUCUCCAAAACCCUAGAUCUUGAUGGAGCCUCGUGUCGGUAAUAAAUUUCGUUUAGGUCGAAAGAUUGGCAGUGGAUCGUUUGGAGAGAUCUAUUUAGGUACCAAUGUUCAGACGAAUGAAGAAGUUGCAAUUAAGCUUGAAAAUGUCAAGACAAAACAUCCUCAGCUGCUCUACGAAUCCAAGCUAUACAGAAUUCUACAGGGAGGAACUGGUAUUCCAAACGUGAGAUGGUUUGGCGUGGAGGGAGACUAUAAUGUUUUAGUGAUGGAUUUGCUUGGACCCAGUCUUGAGGAUUUAUUCAAUUUCUGCAGUAGGAAACUUUCUCUAAAAACAGUUCUCAUGCUUGCAGAUCAAAUGAUCAACCGUAUUGAGUUUGUUCAUUCUAAAUCAUUUCUACAUCGUGAUAUCAAGCCAGACAAUUUUCUUAUGGGUUUGGGACGACGUGCAAAUCAGGUCUACAUCAUUGAUUUUGGUCUGGUCAAGAAAUACAGGGAUACUACAACUCACCAGCACAUUCCUUACAGGGACAACAAAAACUUGACUGGGACUGCUAGAUAUGCAAGCAUGAAUACUCAUCUUGGGAUUGAACAAAGCAGGAGGGAUGAUUUAGAAUCUCUUGGAUAUGUUCUCAUGUAUUUCUUAAGAGGAAGCCUUCCUUGGCAAGGGCUUAAAGCAGGAAAUAAGAAACAGAAGUAUGAGAAAAUUAGUGAGAAGAAGGUUUCUACAUCGAUUGAGGCCUUAUGCCGUGGUUAUCCGACAGAGUUCGCAUCAUACUUCCAUUACUGUCGUUCACUGCGGUUUGAGGACAAACCCGAUUAUGCUUAUCUGAAGAGAAUAUUCCGAGACCUCUUUAUCCGUGAAGGGUUUCAGUUCGAUUAUGUUUUUGAUUGGACAAUUUUGAAGUAUCAGCAAUCACAGAUUGCAGCUCCUCCUACCCGUGGUCUGGGCAUGGGUGCUGGACCAAGCUCUGGAACACCCCCUGCUAUUCCGAAUGGUGACAGGCAGACAGGUGAGGAAAGUGGGAAACAAAUCGGUUUAUCUUCAAUGGAUCCUUCUCGUCGAAGAAUUUCUGGACAAGUCACCGGGAAUCCACCUAAGGAGAAGAGUCCAGUUGCUAACGAUGCAACAAUGAGCACAGAUGCCAUGAUGUCAAGCUCGGCGUUUACUGGGCGAGCAGGUGGAUCGAUGAGGCGAGGGAAUGAGGUGGAGGGCACGGGUCGUUCACGAAUCCCAGACACAAGACAAAGAAGUUCACCGGUAGGUGGUGGGUCAUCGUCGGAUCCAAGAAACGCUUCGGGUGGGAAGAAUGUAGCUUCAACAAAGAAGUACGAAACGACUCUCAAGGGAAUGGAGAGCCUACAUGUCGAGGAUGAAGACCGGGUUCGUUAAGGAAGGAAUGGAUAAUAUGUCUUGUAAAUUUUCCAUAAGACAAAAAACAUUCAAAACAAACUCCUUCAAAAUCAGCAUCUCUGUCUCUUCUCUUCUUCAUAGCAAUUGUGAUAAUAGUUGAUUAAAAUCUUACUCAACUGUAAAUCUCUAGUUUUUAUGAAUUCUUUCUUCUAUUUC